UUAUCUAUAUUUAUAAUGUUUGUUUCUAAUCAUAAAUUAUCUAAAAUUUCAAAAAAUAGACCAGUUAUAAAAUGGUUAUUAAGGCAUACAACGCAAAUGUGCGAACUUCAAAGAAUUUGUUAUGGAGAACUUCCUGGAGCACCAAGAACACUAGCUGUAGAAAAAUCUCUUAAAUUAUCUAAAAAUGCGAAUAUCAAAACUCUUUUAAUCUACUUGAAUGAUCUUGCUGAUCAAUGUGCAUUUACAAACCAAGCAAAACGAAAAAUUGUAAAGGAAGCUAUUGAAAAUGUAUUGGUAACUAAGAAAAUAAACCCAGCAGCUCAUCCUGAUUUUUCUAAAUCAUUUGGUAAAUGUAUAGAAUUAAUUUGGGGCUAUAGACAACUUUGUGUGGAAUGUGAAGAGCUUAGGAGAACACCUUAUGAUGCUGAUAAUCCAGAUCAUGAGUUAUUACUAUUAAAGUUAUGGAAUUUGUUAAUGCCAUAUGAGCCUCUAGAUGCUAGAGUUACUAAACAAUGGCAACACAUUGGCUUUCAAGGUGAUGAUCCAAAAACUGAUUUUCGUGGAAUGGGAAUUUUGGGAUUAGAAAAUUUAGUUUAUUUUGCUCAGGAAUAUCCCAGUGCUGCAACACAUGUAUUGUCGCAUUCUACACAUCCACGUUAUGGUUAUGCAUUUGCCAUAGUUGGCAUAAAUUUAACAAGUAUGGCAUUAAAAUUACUAAGGGAUGGAAGUGCUAAAACUCAUAUUUAUAAUUCUUCAAAAGGUUUUCCAACAAUUCGUGCAUUUCAUCAAUUUUAUAGUUAUCUUUUCUAUGAAUUUGAUGGAUUUUGGAUUGACUCAAAACCAAGCAAUAUGAUGGAAUUUUCAUGUAUACAAGAAAAGUUUGAAAAUAGUAUCAGAAUGGCACUAGCUGACACAUCUAUGAUUUUUAGGAUAAAUAUAUCAGUUGAUAAUGUUUAAAAUAUAUGGAAUAUUUUUAAUUAAUAAAACUAAAUCGUGAUCACAGUAAAUAUACUAUUGCACAAAACUACUUCUAUAAUAUGUAAAACAGUGUCUUGUGAG